AUGGUCGUCGCGACUCGACUCGCCCGCUCCCUCUCCCUCGCAUCUGCGACUCGCCCGACGCCCGCCGCCGGACCUUUCUCCGCUUCUCGCCUCAGCUUCUCGACGACUCGCUCGCCGUGUGCGCCGACCCCCGACGGCGACAACCAAGAGGGCUCAAUCGCCGACGUCUUCUCGAGCCUCGGCGGCGACGCCUUCGUCCCCCUCGAGCCGCGGUUCGCCAGCCUCAAGCAGUCGCUCUGGCACGACGGCCUCAUCGAGUCGUGGCGCAGCGUCCUCUCAGCCCUCGAGGAGCGCACGGCCGAGAUCGUUGAGCGCGGCAACAAGGUCAUUCCGCAAGUGUCGUACCGCGACAUCCGCGACGGCGUCCCUCCUGCACUCGCCGAGGAGAUCAAGCGCGUCGGGACGGUCGUCGUGCACGACGCAGUCGAGCUGGGCGAGGCCGAGCGGUGGAAGCGCGAGCUCGAGGCGUACAUCAAGCGCAACCGCGACCUCGCCAAGGGCUUCCCUGCCGAUGAUCCGCAGGUCUGGGAGCUGUACAACUCAGUCCAGCAAACGCAAGCGCGCACCCAUCCCGGCGUCCUCGGCACGCAGAAAGCGCUCCUGUCGCUCUUCCACACGUCGUCGCCCGACUCGCCCGUCAGCGUCAACACGCCCAUCUCGUACUACGACCGCCUGCGCAUCCGCUUCCCCGGCGACGCCAUCUUUGCCCUCGGCGAGCACAUCGACGGCGGGAGCCUCGAGCGGUGGGAGGAUCCAGGCUUUCGCUCGUGCUGGCGCGAGAUCCUCGCCGGUGGACCCGAGCCGCACGAGCGGCACGACCCGUGGGACCUGUCGCCGCGACUCGACGCCAAGACGAGCUUGUACCCGUCGUCGGGCCAGUGCUCCGUCUUCCGCAUGUUCCAGGGCUGGACGGCGCUCUCGAACACGGCGCCGGGCGAGGGCACGCUGCGGGUCUUUCCCGACGUCUCGCUCGCGACGGCGUACCUCGUCCUGCGCCCGCUCUUCCGACCUCGUCGAGGGCGAGAGGGCAAGCUCGGCUUUGACGACUGGGAGGUGGACGUCGAGUCGACCGAUUUCCCCGGGUCGGUCAAGGGCAAGGGUCAGGAGCUGUCGGACAAGACGCACCCGCACCUGCGCCUCCCCGAGACGAUGACGAGCGUGCCGAGGGUCAAGCCGGGCUCUUCAGUUUGGUGGCAUUGCGACGUCAUCCACUCGGUCGAGUCGCAGCACCUCGGUGCCGAGGACUCGUCCGUGUUCUACAUCCCUGCCGUCCCGCUCACGGUCCCCAACGCGCACUACCUCGCCGCCCAACGUGCGCGCUUCGCCGCCGGCACGCCCGCGCCCGACUUUCCCGGCGGCGAGGGCGAGCGCCGGUUCGAGGGCAGGGCGACGGUGCGCGACACGCACGAGGGGAGCGGGAGCGCGGGAAGGCGGGCUAUCGGCGCCGAGAGGUUUGUCGUCGAGGAGGGAGAAACGCCAGGAGGGAGGAGGGUCGUUGAAGAGGCGAACAGGAUCUUGGGAUUCUCUUGAAGCAGCUCGAGUGCAACGCAGUGCCCUCGUC